AUGGAACUAUAUGAAGAUGAGGUAUACGAAAAGGCAAACAUAAAUGUGACAAUAAUAGUUAACGAUGAGAUAAAAGAUAUAAUAAUAAAAAAUUUGAAUAAUAAUAUGAAUAAUGAUAAUAUAAACAUAAAUAGCUAUAAUUAUAAUAAUAUAAAUAAAAUAAAUAAUUUUUUAAAUAAUUCUGAACAGUCAGGUAAAAGUGAUAAUAUUUUAACCACUUGGUUAAAAAAAAUAAAAAAUACGUCAUCUGCUAUUAUUUUUUGUGUAGAUUGGCAAAAUAUUAUUAAUGAAAAAAAUGACAAUAACAAUAAUGAUGUAGAGGUUAAUAAAAGAGAAAAUAUUGAUUAUAAAAAUGGUGUAGAAUGUGAAGAAGAUCCUAAUAAUGAUAAACAAUAUUUAAAUGUGCAUGGAUUAAGUGAUGAACCAGUUAAUACAUACAACCCAUUUGAAAAUAGUAGUAACGAAUAUUAUAAUAGUUACAGUGGGGAUAACACAAUAAAUAAUAGAACUGAAGAUAAGGAGGAAAAAAGUAAGAGUGAUAUAAAUUUUAUCCAUAAUGAGAAAUAUAUGAAAGAAAUAAGCAAUGGUUUAAUUAAAAAAAUUGAAGAAAUAAAUACAAUAAUUAUGAAAAGAAAAAAAUUAUGUAAAAUAAUUCUUUUAGUAGUGUUACCAGAAAAUACCAAAAGCACAGAAGAAUAUAUUAAGUAUAUAAGUUUUUUAAAUUCGCAAAAUAUUAGUGCCAUAUUUAUAACAUUAGGAUUAAAAGAAAUACAUAAUAAAAUAAUGAAAUUACAAAAUUUACUAAAAGAUUGUAUAAAUUCAUUUUUUAAACAAUAUAUAAUAAGUUAUGAAAGUAAAAGUGGUAAAAAUGUUUUACAUUUUUUUACUUAUAAUUUUAAAAAAGCAUAUAUAUUAGAAAUGUUGGAAAAAUAUGAUGAAAGUAUGAAAAUAUAUGUAAACAUAUGUAAAGUUUUUUAUGAACAUAUUGGUGAGCAAAUAUUUCCAAAUAAAAAAUCUUUUUUUGAAUAUGUAAUAUUUUUUAAUUGUGUAAGUUUAAGAAUGAUAUCUAUAUAUUUAUAUUUUAAAGAUAUAAAAAAAGCUCUUCAUCAUAUUUAUACUCAUAAUAAGAUAAUUUUUUUAGCAUUGAUGAAUAGAGAUGAAUUUAUAAGUAGUGAACAUAAUAAAAAAUUGGUAGAAAUUAUUAAUAUUUUUAAUAUUAAAGGUGAUAAAAAUUUUAUUGAUUGCAUAAGAUAUAAUGAAUAUGACGAUGGAAGAAAAGACAAGAAAAUAUUAUAUAAAAAAAAUAAUAGUGAAUGUGUUAAUGAAUUUGUAGAUAUAUUAUACGAUAUAAUAAUAAAGGAAUAUGUAUAUUAUAAUUUGUUAUCAUGUAUUUAUUUUUAUUUUUAUAGAAUUAUAAAAAAUUUUAAUCUUAAUAUGCAUGAUGUAAUAAUAUAUGCAAUUUAUACUUGUUAUUGUAUAUAUUAUAAAAUAAAAGCAAUAGAGAAACAAAAAAAGUUACUUAAAGAAUUUCCAGGGAUAAAAUUUGAUAAAUAUAUUACACUAUCAUCCGUUAUGUCUUUAUAUGAUUUUAUUUUAAACAUUUUAAUAGAAAUAUUUAGAAUUAUAAGUACAAAUAAAAUAACAAAUUUAACAAGAAUUAUUAUAUAUCUUUUAUCUGUUAUUUAUUAUGAAAAGGGAAAGUAUGUAUUUGCUUUGUAUUUACUAUUGCAAUUUUUUAAGGACGAAACAGGAGGAGUAAUAUUUAACUAUAUUGAUGUGAAUAUAUUGAAAAACAUGGAAUGCGAAUUUGAUAAGUUUUGUUUGGAUCUUCAAGAUUUUGCGGAGACUCGAAUUUUUCUUAAAAUUGGGAAUCGAAAUUCCAAUGAGCCUAUGCUAUUUUUGAUGAUAAUAUGUUUAGGAAUUUUGAUAAAUCAUAAAAAAGUCGGGAUAAAUAUAAAUGAGAAAGAAAUGAGAAACGAGAAUUUUAAUAUAAACAAGUAUGAGAAAUUAUUUAUUGAAAUUUGUUUUGAAUAUAUAAAUUGUUUAAUUAAGAACAAAAAGGAAAAAGAGAAAAAAGACUUUAAUAAAUUUAUAAAAAAAUAUUUUAAGUUUAUAAAUAAGGAAAAUAUGUAUACUCCAAUAAAUAUUAACAUAUCUAUAUGUGAUGUUUUUUUCAAAUUAUAUUAUUUAGUUGAAAAUAAUAUUAAAACAUUUUUAAAAAUAAAAAAUAAAAACAAUUUGAAUUUUAUAUAUUUGCCAUUUAUUGGUAUAUUAAUGAAUAAAGAAAUGUGUUUUUAUAAAAUAAAAUAUUCAAAUUUUUAUGAUGGACAUGUAUAUUCAUCUUGUGAAUUCAUAAAAAAUAAUAAUGAAGAAAAAUUUUUAUCUGAUUUUAUAAAUAAUGAAAUAGUGCUUGUAAAUAAUAAUGAAGGAAUUAUUACCGAAUCAGGAAAUCCCAAUAAAAUUCGAAAUGUAUUUUUUUUAAAUGAAAAAAAUAUAAUGAAUAUGUGUAUUGAGAAUGUGAACACGAACAUGAUAAAUAUUGAGUAUAUACAAUUAUAUCUUUAUAUAUAUAAUAAUAUUAUUAAAAUAAAAAUUAAUAAUAUAUAUUCUUAUAUGUUAAAAAGAAAAUAUAUGGAAAAAGUAUACACAAAUAAUUUUAACAGUUUUGAAAAUGAAAAAAAUAAUAGCAAUGAAUUUAAUGUGUUUUCAAAGGAGCAACAACAAAAUGAAAGCUUAAGUGAAUAUGAAGAAAUAAAGAAAGAUUGUUCAAAUGAUGAUGUGACCAUAAAAGCAAAAAAUAAAAUAGUUGAUUCAAAUAGUAAGGAUAAAAAUAAAAGAAAAAUGUUCGAAAUAAAAGAAAACGAAAAUGAUAAAUCUGAAUUUUAUAAAUUAAAAGAUGGAAUAUAUUUAAAUAAAUAUGAGAAUAAAAUAAUAGUUAAUAAAAAUAAAUAUUUUUUUUCAAAUUUAGUAAAUAAAUAUGUAAAUUAUUUUAUUUAUAGUAAUAAUAAUAUUCUUUAUAUGAAUGAAUUUAAUAUUGGAUAUAUAUAUAUUAGCUAUUCAAAAUAUAUAACAGAAUUUGAAUUAAAUUUUAAGUAUGAAAUUGAAAAUUCCAAAAAUACUUAUUUUUAUUUAUUGGCAAAACGUGAUAAUGUUUUAGAUAUUGAGCAUAUUUGUGAUGGUAAAGAAAUUUCAUUUUUUGGAAAUAAAGACAUGUUUAAAUUUGUAGAAGAUGAAGAAACAAAUUGUGAAUGUAAUAAUACAAAUGAUUGUGUAGACAAUUUUGUGAUAAAUAAUAAAAUAUACGAUUUAUUUCGAAAGAAAGAAGAAUAUAUACACGAAGAAACAGUAGACAAAAAAAAGCGUGAUUUUUUUUUGUUUGAAAUAAAAGGAAAUAAAUUUGAUAAUAUUUCAUUACACACAAAAAUAAAAAGUUUAUAUGGAAAAAGCAAUUUUUGCAACGAACCAUCUAUGCUAUAUAAAAUUAAAACCGAAAAAAAUAAAAGCGAAAAAAAUAAAAGCGAAAAAAAUAAAAAGAAAAAAUUGAUGUUUGAUAUAAAUUAUAAAGAAAAAUUAAUAUGUAUACCAUUUCUUUUAUAUACAAAUGAAAAAAAUAAUGUGAAUAUAAAAAUCGAAUUUUCUUUUAAGAAUAAUUAUUUUAGUGACAAUAUUAAAUAUCCUAUACAAUAUUCAGUAAUUCCAUCUAUAAUAUCGAUGGUUACAAAUGUGAAUAUGAUAGAUGAUAAAAAUAUAAGUCAUAACACAUUGGGAAAUUUAGAGAAUAAUUCUACAGAAAGGGAUGUAAUAAAUGGAAUGGUUAUUCCAGUAAAUAAUACGAAUAAGGAUAGUAUAAAAGAAGAAAUAAAUUGCAAUGAUGAUAAUAAUAAUGAAGUAAAAAAUUUGGAUAAUAGUCAAGGUAUGGAAUAUUUCUAUUAUUAUAUAUAUAUAUAUAACAAUAAAAAUCAGAGUAUAAUAAUUAAAAGUCUUACUAAUGGAAAAUUAGAAGAUGUUGUGAAAUUAGGUGAAAAAAGUACAUAUAGUAAUUUGGUGAAAAUAAAUAAUAAAGAAAAGGUUAAUUUAGAAUAUCAAUUUAAUUAUAAUAAUUUAUAUUUUCCAUUUAAUAAAAUAUUUGAAAAUGCAAUUUUUAUAAAUUAUUUAAAAAUGCCACAUGAAGACAUAGGAUAUAAUAUUAAAGAAUUAAAUAAUAUAAAUAAUGAUAAAAAAAGUAAAAUAAAAAUCGAAUUAAAUUAUUCAAAAAUAGUAAAAUAUAAUGAAUGUUUUACUGUUGAAUCUAUUAUAACAAAUGAAGCAAAUAUUACGGAAGAAGUUAUUAUAUUUUUAUAUGAUAAAAGAAAAAAAAAGAAAAAGAAAAUAGAGCAAAUUGAGCAAAAAAAAAAAGCAAAUAGUUUUAAUAAUAUAUAUUUUGAUCAAUUUAAUAUUACUUAUAAUAAAAAAAAUCAAGACUUGUCUUAUAAACAAAAUAGUUAUACAUCCUACAAAACUGAUUCAGAUGACAAUUCUUUAUAUUCUUCUGAAGAUUUAGAGAACAUAAAUUUUGAUGAAAAUAACAGUGAUUCCAAUAUAAUAUAUAAUAAUUUAGAAAAAAAAAGAAACAAAAAAUAUAUAGUUAAUGGGGUUAAAAUGAUGAAAAGUAUUUUAUUGCCUUAUCAAACAUUUCGAUUGAAAUGGUCUUUUGUCGCUUUUACUUAUGGCUUUUUAAAAUUGCCUAACAUAUUAAUACAAAGAAAAAACAAAAUUAAAAAUAAUAUAAAUGUAUUUUCUUCGGAAAAUAUCGAACUAUUCGUAAUAUAG